AUGCUAGCCCGAACUCAACGAUUAGCGGGCGCAUCGAGGAGAGUGCCGCAUUUUAGCUCUCUCGGUGUCGCCCUGCGAAGCCCGAAUCCACGAUACACCCUGCGUGUUCCUCCAACUGCGAUACCAAGCUCCCUGACGAAUUUUAAUCCUGCCUCCUCGACCCGAAACUAUGCGAAUGGACGGCCUCACCCGCCGGGAGGUACCCACCGUAUGAACCUUGGCGGAGAGCCUGAAAAAUCCGCUCUUGAUGAAUUUGGCGUGGACCUCACUGCGAAGGCCAAGGCGGGCAAGCUCGAUCCUGUCAUCGGUCGAGACAGCGAGAUCCAACGAACCAUUCAAAUCCUAUCACGGCGAACAAAGAACAAUCCCGUGCUCAUAGGUAACGCCGGAACCGGAAAGACGGCCAUUUUGGAAGGACUGGCCUCAAGAAUCAUCCGUGGAGAUGUGCCGGAGAGUAUCAAGGAUAAGCGUGUGGUAGCGCUUGAUCUCGGCUCCUUGAUCGCAGGUGCCAAAUACCGAGGAGACUUUGAAGAGAGGCUGAAAAAGAUUUUGACCGAGGUCCAGGAGUCUGAUGGCAAGGUUAUCCUGUUUAUCGAUGAGCUCCAUAUUCUACUCGGGCUAGGCAAGGCGGAGGGUUCUAUAGAUGCCUCAAAUCUUUUGAAACCGGCCUUGUCUCGCGGUGAGCUUCAGUGCUGCGGCGCCACUACUCUUAAUGAAUAUCGCCAGAUCGAAAAGGACGCUGCGCUGGCCCGCCGGUUCCAGCCCAUCCUUGUCAACGAACCCAGUGUCCAAGACACUAUCAGCAUACUUCGCGGUAUCAAAGACAAGUAUGAGAUCCACCACGGUGUGCGUAUUACCGAUGGCGCUCUUGUCGCCGCCGCCUCUUACUCGAACAGAUAUAUUACCGACCGUUUCUUACCUGAUAAAGCCAUUGAUCUCAUGGACGAGGCCGCUAGUCAUCUUAAGCUUCAGCAUGAAUCCAAACCUGAGGACAUCAUGGCUCUUGACCAAAAGAUUAUGACAAUUCAAAUCGAGCUUGAGAGUUUGAGGAAGGAAAAGGAUAUUGCGAGCCGUGAGCGGAGGGAGAAGCUCGAAGCUGAUCUGAAAGGACUGCAAGAGAGUGUCUCUGAAUUAACCCAGCAGUGGGAGAAAGAAAAGGGUGAGAUUGAUGCCGUUAAGAAAACGCAAGAAGAGCUCGACUCGGCCCGGAUAGAACUGGACCAGGCCCAGAGAGGUGCCGACGACAUCGCCGCCGUUGUGUCUCGGAUAACGGGUAUUCCUGUGUCGAAGCUGACAUCAGGCCAUAUCGAAAAACUUGUCAAGAUGGAGGAUUCACUCCGAGAGUCUGUGCGAGGCCAGGACGAUGCCAUCAAAGCCGUGUCGAACGCGGUUCGACUUCAGCGCGCUGGCCUUAGUGGCGACAAUCGCCCGCUUGCAUCCUUUUUCUUCCUCGGACCUACCGGUGUCGGCAAGACUGAGCUGUGUAAGAAGCUUGCAAGCUUUCUCUUCUCUACCGAGUCGGCCGUUGUCCGUUUCGACAUGAGCGAGUUUCAAGAGAAACACACAAUUUCACGUCUCAUUGGUUCGCCUGCUGGCUACGUAGGCUAUGACGACGCUGGCCAACUCACGGAGGCCGUCCGUCGGAAGCCUUACGCUGUCCUGCUCUUUGACGAAUUUGAAAAGGCUCACCGUGAUAUCUCGGCCCUGCUUCUUCAGGUCCUCGACGAAGGUUAUCUGACUGACGCCCAGGGCCACAAGGUUGAUUUUCGCAACACCAUCAUCGUCCUCACCUCCAACCUUGGGGCCGAUAUUCUAGUCGGCGCCAAUACUCUGCAUCCGUACCGGGAAACCCCCGAGGGCGAGGUCGCUCCCGAAGUCAAAAACGCCGUCAUGGAUGUUGUCGCCGCCAACUAUCCACCCGAAUUCCUGAACCGCAUAGACUCUUUCAUCCUCUUCAAGAGGCUUAGUGAGAAUGCCAUCCGGGAGAUUGCCGACAUUCGCCUACGCGAACUGCAGACCCGGCUCGAUGACCGGCGUAUCGUCCUUGAUGUUGCUGAUGACGUCAAGGAUUGGCUUGCCAAGAGGGGUUACGACCCUCGCUUCGGUGCUAGGCCACUCAACAGGCUCAUCACUAACGAAAUUGGCAACGGGCUUGCUGAUAAGAUUAUCCGGGGAGAAGUUCGCACCGGUGAUACUGCCAAGGUUAGCAUCAAAGCAGACGAGUCUGGACUGGAGGUCGCUAAAGCUUAG